GUGUGGCGCGCGCGAGAUAGCCUGCCUGGGCUGCUGAAGGAGGCGAUGCGUCUCUUAAAGAAGUGCGAAACCUCAACAGGUGGUUGGAGCUCCGUGAAGGCGACGUAAGUAAGGUUGCCUUUCAACGGAGCUGGUGAUCAGGGCUGAGCAGCAUUAGAGGCGCUCGGAGGGGAGCCCGGAAGGAAUUCUUUCCCUAAUUGUUUUUGCUCCGAAUUGAAACUCUGAUGAGAUAAGUGUCCCUGUGCCUGUCGCAGUCGCGUUAACUUUAGGACUUGGAAAGGUAAAAACAUCACAACCCAAGUUCCACUAUGUCACCCAAACCUUUUGAAAGUCCUCCACCGUAUCGUCCAGAUGAAUACAUACCUUCACACUAUUUAUCAAGCAACAAUACAUUUGGUGGUGAAUUCCAUUCUCAGCCUAUGCACUCUCAACCAGCGUAUUCUUAUUAUCCGGAAGAUGAAGUGCAACGUUUCUACAAAUGGUCCUCCCCACCAGGAAUAAUCAAGAUCAUGUCAAUUCUCAUACUAGUCAUGUCUAUUGGGGUCUUUGCAUGUGUUGCUUCUACUCUGGCUUGGGAUAUGGACAUGUAUGGAGGUGGACUAGGAACUGGUUUCGGGUUACCUGGCUAUGGAGGUUUUGGAACCAACUAUGGUGGAUACAUGGGCAGCAGUGGUUUUGGCUAUAAUAAUGCAUAUGGCCUUGGAGGAAAUUAUAUUGAUCCACGCGGAGCAAAAGGCUUUAUACUUGCAAUGGCAGCUUUUUGCUUUAUUGCUGGAUUGAUGGCUUUUGUAACUGGGGUUACAAAGACUAAGAUGGCCAGGACAAGGAAAUAUUAUCUCUUAGUGAUAAUAGCAAGCUCUAUAUUGCUCUUCUUGAUGUUCAUUGCUGCAAUUGUAUAUACACUAGCAGUCAACCCAACUGCACAAGCUUCUGGAUCAGUGAUCUACAAUCAGAUCUAUAUGAUGUGCAACCAGUUUUACACAUCCACAACUGCUGGGCUCUACGUGAAUCAAUACUUAUAUCACUACUGUAUGGUGGAACCUCAGGAGGCUAUUGCCAUUGUAUUAGGCUUCCUGAUUUCUGCAGCUUUGGCUAUAAUAAUAUUUUUCGCAGUAAAGACCCGAAGUAAAAUAGGUUACUAUGGCAAAAUGAGUAUACUCUGGGAUAACACAAAAGGUUAUGAUGAAACUCCUAAUGUAGAAGAAUGGGUUAAGAAUGUAAGUCCAGAGCCAGUGGCAACUUCCCCAGGGAUUGACUAUCCAGAUCGAAUUGCCAGUUCUAUGGGAUACUCAAUUUCUGAUGCUCCUGCACAUCAGAUUCGCAAGGACAACUACACAGCUAGUCCGGUACCUGAAGUUGUUGCUCCCUUAACAAGAGACCUAAAACAGUCCCAGUAUGUGAACACUAGCAAUUACAAUGGGUCAGCUAAGGAGCCCCAGCAGAAAAAGAAAAGAGGAAGAACAAGAAGAGCCAACAGUGAUAAUUAUGAUGCUGAUUAUACCACAGGUGGUGAAUCUUGUGAUGAACUGGAUGAGAACUGGGACAGAGAGUAUCCAUCAGUAUCAUCAGACCAUCAAAGACAAGCGUACAAGCGAGAUUUUGAUGCAGGAUUACAAGAAUACAAACGAUUGCAAGCAGAACUUGAUGAGAUCAGUAAAGAACUCUCUCGUCUUGACAAAGAGCUGGAUGACUACAUUGAAGGCAGUGAAGAAUAUAAGGCUGCAGCUGAUGAAUAUAACAGAUUGAAGGAUAUCAAAUCAUCCGCAGAUUAUAAAAAGCGAAAAGCACACUGCAAGAUGCUGAAGAAUAAACUGUCCCACAUCAAAAGGAUGGUCAGUGAUUAUGACAGUCGGAAAUCAUAACAAGAAGGAAACAAAUCAGGUUGCAUAAGAAUGCCAGUUUUCAUUAAGCUGGGAUAUCUUUGUGUUGGACAAUACAAUAGUGAGAGAGAUCCUUUGUAUACUUUUAUAUACUUCAUAAUAUUAUUUGUGCCAUGUUUACCAUGAAAUAAGAAUUCAGUAUAUGGGAUCUUUUAUAGUUUCACUGAGUCAAGGAAUUUUACCACCUAUGUUUUCAGGAUCAACAGUGGACAUCUUGAGCUUUUGCUUUUCUUGUCAUUCUUUUCAUUCCAUUUUUCUCAGCGUAUUGCAAUCUUAAUUUCAGAAAAAAAUGAUAAAUGUUUUUCAUUACAUCUUAAACAGUAUAAGCUAUAUCCUUUAUCCAAAACACCUGUCUUCCUCUCUUAUUCUUAACCAAUUUUAUAUAUCUAGGUUACUUGUAAAUAAAAAACUAGCAGGCUUUUCUUUUAAAUGGUGUAUAAAUGGAUCCAUUGUUGAUCAGCCAGUAUAAUAUAUUUUUAUUGACAUUGUGAAACAAUGUAAAUUUAUUCUGUUAAAAUCUCAUCUUGUAUUUUAAGUAUCAUUUUAUUACAGAAAUAUAAUUUUUAGUGUGUUUGACUUGACUGUCCAAUUUGUAACUGUUAUAAAAAUGCCUGUAUGUUAUAUUUGACUAUAUAAGCAGCUACAAUUCUAUACAAACUUAAUGGGAAGUCCCAAAUCAAUGAGGUUUAUUUCUGAUAUUGUAUGCACAUUUAACCAAUCCUUUUAAAUUGCAAAAAAAAUCUAGACUGCUCUGUAAAGACAUAUCAUAUCAUGGCCAAAUGACAAAAAGAGAAGUAAAAGCAAAUGUAUUCACAUUAUGAAUAGUCCUUAUGUAACAACCACUCAUUCAACAACUGCUUGAAGUUAAGUGGUGCUGAACAAGUGGUACUUUUGACCAGUCCUUGAAGUUCUGGCUGUCCCAACACCCCCAUAGUCAUGUGAUUGCAAUCUGAGUGGUUGCCAACUGGCUCACACACUUAAAUGGUUACAGUAUUUUGCAGUCAUGGGAUCACCAUUUGAAGCCUUCCUGCCAGUUUCCCACAAGCAAAGUCAAAGAAGGUUACAAGUUUCCCUGGUAGGUUUUUUACAUCUUCCCCCACCCAGCAGAAACUACCUCUGGCCCUGCCAUUUUCACACCAUAUGCCCUCCCUGUCUAAGCUUGUAAACUGAGACUUGCCUAAUAACUCUUCAUCCUCGCUUAACCACCAAUGGGGAGCGGUAUGAGGAAGUGAUGCAGUCACAUGAUAUUGUUUUACAACCACAUUGGUUAGCAAUAGAAAAUAUUAACCAAUGACUACCUGUAACAUAUUUAAUGUUAUAAUGCAAUAAUAAUAUUAAAAUAUAUUAAAUAAUAUACAUUUUACCAUGAAAACAAGUACUAUAAAGCAAGACAAUCCAGUUUUUAUACUUAUUAUAAUUCUGUUAGUUUUAAAUGUGGGCACUCUUUUGACAAUUAUUUCUGGUUAUAAUUGAUUGAGCACUGGUGCUGAUAUCAAACCCUACAGGUGAUGGAAAAAUUAUAAGUGCUGAAUUGAAAACCAGAUGCAUUCAUUUUGGCUUUGUUCCAAGUGUUGUACUCCAUAAAUUGAACUGGGAAAUUUAUUUUCUUUUGGUGGGUCCCUAAAACUGCCCAAUUUUAGGUUUCUGACAGUGGCUACAUCUAGAGUUCUUUUUGAUUAGAAGUGGGGAGAGAUGCUGGGAAAUAAAAAGAAUGCAUGCCAUACGAUUAGCAGAGGUGUAUGACAAGUCUAAACAAUAGUAGAACCACAGAGUUGGAAAGGACACCAGAAGUUAUGCAGUCUGAGGUUCUGUUGGACUCUUUUGCAGGGUCUGUUGAACCAUGUUUUAAAAGAUUCAUUGAGACCAGUAGGAUUCAGUCAUGACUAAUAAUUGAAAUAUGACUGUUUGGAUCCAUCUACUGUACAUUUAUGUAAGCACUGUAAUAUUUUUAAUCACUUUUUUUUAAUAAUGGAAAUUGUGUUUAAAAUAUGUGACUAGAAUGCAAUACCUUACAUACUGAAAGACUGGAUUUCAUUUUGUAAUUUGUGAUACAGUGUCAAUAAAAUUCAAAUUUGUCAAUGUAUAAACAAUCAAAUCAAUAGUUUUGUUUCAUAUCAUAUGUGUAGGAACAUUAGGUUUCAUUUCAUUUCUGAACCAUCUCGAGUUUCUUCAUGAAUGAUCAAAUUAGAGAUUUAGAAAAAUUUAUCAAUCCUUUUUUCUGUGAAAAAUAACCAAGACUGUAUUCAGAAAUAUUAUAUUGGGGAACAAAUAAAUUGUAGAUGAUCAGCAAAGGGUCAGGCACAUCAUCACUUUGGAGUUCCUUCAUGCCCACAAGAGAUCUAAGUCCAGCCUCCCUUGAAUGUUGUUGACUGAUCUACUGCCAAUUUGCCUUCGCAUUAGUAGUUCAGAUGUUUGUAGAGAGAUAGCAUGGAAUAAACUUGUAAUCAUUUGAGCAACCCUGGUUCCUGAUUUCUUGCGUCUACAGAAAUAUCCUUGAAAUAUUUACCUGCCAAAUUGGAAAUGCAAUGCUUUAUCAGACCAAUUUGGUAGCACAGCUUGGGAUCCUAUUACUGGUAACCCUAAUAUGUAUAUUCAUCUACUCAUUUGAUAAGCAAUAGGUAUUGGAGUCAAUCUCUGGAGAUAAAAUGGAGUUAAAGAACUGUUUAGAAGAAGUUUAAAAAAGAUAUUGCAUUAGAUGCCUCUUGCCAAUGUGUUUAGAUCAGGGGUGUCAAACUCAAGGCCCAGGGGCCAAGGCCCAAGAUCCGGUCCAUGGGAUGCUUAGAUCUGGCCCGUGGGACUACCCUGAAAACAGUGGUCUGGGCUGAGGUAUUUCUGCCAGCAAAAACGGAGCUCAGGAGCCAUUUUCACUGGCAAAGCGCUCUGGCCACCAUAGGCACCCCAACAUGAGUGAUGAGCUGGCCACACCCACCCAGGCCACAUCCCUCGUCCCCCAAGUCAAACACAACCCUGAUGCAGCCCUCAAUGAAAUUGAGUUUGACACCCCUGGUUUAGAUGUAACAAACUAAUGGAAAUGUCAAAUAUCAGGGAUCCAGAAGUGUGCCUUCCCCGUAGCAGCACCUACUCUCUGGAUUGUUCCCCUUGAAAUCCAGAUGGUCCCUAUUUUGUUAAUGUUUAAAAGAGCCUGGAAGACGUGACUCUUCACCCAGGCCUUUGGUGAGAUAAAGAGAUCCCUCGCUUUAUUUCAUCUGGUCACUUGCAAUCUUUUAUCUUUUUUUGAUUUUCUUGUAAUUUCUUUUAUUGUAUUAAUAGCUCAGAAUCGUUGAGAGUUAAUAAAAUUUAAUAAAUUGUUAUAUACUGUACAAAGAUGGUUUUUAAAAUUGUAUGUAUAUUGCAAAAAGAGGGAAGAAAAAAAACUUCAAAGUAUAUACCUUGCAUGCAUUAAAUAAAUCUAAGCCAAGAGAUUGUUCAUUUCAGUUUCAUUCUGUUUUCCUAUUAAAGUAAGCAAGGUAGCUACUACAUCAGUAAUACUAAUGAACUGAAUAUUGUUAUAAUUUCAUUUUGUGUAACUUGUCUGCAACAUACAUAUAACCUGAUAGAAGUCAACCAUCUCUUUUAAACUUAAUGGGAACAGGCUAUAUAAGGAGAAUAAAGCUCAGUAAUUCAAGCCUAAACUAAUUUAAUUAUCACAGGAACCAUAACAAAUAUUUUACUAUUUUAUAUAUCCAAUCCAUUUCUAUUAUGCAUUUGAAUGUUGGCAA